AUGCUCCGCCCAACCAAACGCAAAACCCUCUCCUCCUCCACCUCCACCUCCGAAUCCGACAAUCGCGAGCUCUCGGCAUUCGUAGACAGGCCCGCCGCUACAACAACAGCUCUCACUUCCAACACUCUCCGUGACGGAAGUGAAUCCACCACAACCGCUACAAUUAUGGCCGAGGAAACCAUUGGUGGACCGGAUGAUCCUCGUAAACCCCUCUUAGGUGCAACAGGAGCAGGGAUUAGGCUUAAGCUUCCGGCUAAGAAUAGGAUUAUCAAUGAUGGAUCUUAUAGUGCUACUGCGGGUUCGAAAUCGAUUGCUUCUUUACAUUGUGAAGGGAGAGACGAAUUAGAGUUGGAAGAACAAGACGGCGAAGACGACGACGACGAAGAAGAAGAAGAGGAGGUACAGGAACAGGAACAUACCAUGGAAAAUAUUAGUCGGAAAUCGCAAUGGAUUUUAUUGGCUGUGGCUAGUGGUGCUUGUGCGGCUUUCAACGGGGUUUUUGCUAAAUUAACGACGACACAAUUAACGACUUCUUUUGCAGAGCACGUUGCAGGAUUUUUCGGUUUGGGGAAGGGUGAAAAGGUGGUUGAAUAUGGUGUGCGAGGAAUAUUUUUCCUCCUCAACCUCGUCUUCAAUGGUAUAAUGUGGACGCUCUUUAUCAAAGCCCUCGCGCGGGGUACCUCGACUGUACAAGUCUCCAUUAUAAAUACAUCAUCCAAUUUCAUGAUAACGGCCGUUCUUGGCUUUAUAAUCUUCUCGGAAAGUUUACCACCAUUAUGGUUUUUGGGUGCGGCAUUACUAGUUGCUGGAAAUGUGAUUAUCGGCAGACGAGAAGAGGAAGAGGAUAGUAGUGGAAACGAUAUGGAGAAUGGAGAGAGCAGAAGAAGAAGCGGUAGCGAAGGAGAAGAAAGAGAAGGACUCUUAGGUGAAGAAUUAGAACUGAAUGGAGGCAUUGUGGAAGAAGCAGAUGGAAAUAUUAGAACAGACGAUGAUGUUUUGGAUUUGGGAUUGGAUGAUGAGGGGAAGAGUGAUGAGGAGGAGGAUUUGUUAAUCCAUUGA